GCCGCUUCACAUGCCGCUUCAUAUGCCGCCUCACAUACGAGGCUCUGGCGGAGUCUGAUUUAUCUACCCUGUAAUUGGCGAUAGAGCAACGACGGACUAGACUGUAAGCACCAAGCAACCUGAUAGCACCGCUCACCUCUUUCUCCCCCACAACACGCCCUCCUGCCUCCAACACGUCCGCCAAAGAUGACCACCACGGACAUUCCCAGCGUUCAGAGCGCCGCCGUCCUCACCGAGGAGUAUGGCAAGCCCCAUACCUUCCGCACCGACUUCCCCGUCUUGGAGCCCAGCGCCAAUGAGGUGCUAGUCAAGCUGCAGGCCUCGGGCGUCUGCAGCGGCGACGUUAACCCGCGCGAGGGUUACCCGCCCGCGCCCAAGGUGCCGCAGCGCCCACUCGUGACAGGCCACGAGGGCGUGGGCAUCGUCGUGGCCGUGGGCGACAAGGUCACGGCGUUCAAGGUCGGCGACAGGGUCGGCAUGGGAUGGCGCUCCGAGGUGUGCAGGAGCUGCACCGAGUGCAAUCGCGGCGAUGACAACCUGUGCCAGAAACAGAAGAUGAAUGGCUAUCAGACAAACGGCACGUUUCAGGAAUACGUCACAAUCUCGCCCGCCUCACUCAUCUCCAUCCCGCCCACCACGGUCCCUGCCACGCGCAUCGCCCCCCUCCUCUGCGCCGGCGGCACCGCCCUCGCCGGCCUCCGCGCCACCGGCGUCACCACCCCCGGCAAAUGGGUCUGCGUCACUGGAGCCGCCGGCGGCGUCGGCGCCCUCGCCUGCCGCUACGCCCUGCAUAUGGGCCUCAACGUUGUAGCCAUCGACAGUGCUCAGAAGGCGACCGUCUGCGAGGCCAUGGGCGUGCACGCGUUCGUGGACUACGAGACUGCCGACACGGUCGUGUCUCGCAUCAUGAAGGCGACAGACGGGAGCGGCGCGCACGGCGUGGUGGUGUGUUCGGCGAACCCGGCGAGCUACAGCCAGGCAAUAGACUAUGCGGCGGUGGGGGCGCGGAUCGUGAGCAUUGGGCCGAGCAUGGUGCAUUUUCACACAGGCCACAUGAUGACCAAGGGCCUGAGUCUCGUCGCGCAGUGUAAUGGCAGCACCAAGGAUAUCCAGGACGCGGUCAGGCUGGGCGUUGAGGACGGCAUCCUGCCGCAGGUGGAGUUGGUUCAGAUCGACAAGAUUGACGAGGCGCUGGACAAGCUCAAGGCGGGGAAGACGCUCGAGAGACAAGUUGUCGAGUGGUCGUGAGUGGUUGGACAAAGUCUCUACCUCAUUUUACCAAGUUGCAGGAUUAGCAGAUCGAUUAGAGUAGUCUCUCUCUCCAC